UAUAUAUAUCAGUUAUAAACGACGCUCUGCAUUGGACAUUGAGCAAGCUUUGAGUUUGGUGCGGGAUUAAAAAAAAAAAUUUAAAAAAUGGGUGCCAUAUUUUACUCCCUUGUGGUUUUGAUGCAAGUGACCGCGUUGCUGUCUACGUCACCUCCAAAGCAAGGCGGCAGACUCCGACUGUCUGAAAUCAGCGGCUCAAGCCAUGACGCCUCUGCUUGCCGCUGGCAUACCCGCUCUCGGCAUAGAGCCACUGGACGCCAUGAGAGUGGACGAAAUCCGCUUAGACUUGGCCGGCCUUCGGCUUAAUAUGACGAAUUCCAGUAUCACGGGACUUAAAACAGCAGUUAUUGAUAAGAUCAAAUUCGACAUGGCCAAAAAGCAGCUAGUGAUCGUGUACCACGCGGACGUGGAGCUCACCGGGCAGUACAAGGCAGCCGGCCGGCUCAUCAUCCUGCCUAUCAGCGGGGACGGAGACGUCAAGAUUGAACUUAAAAAUUACAAUUCAAAGAUUGUGAUACCUUUCACUAUCGUGAAGAACAAGGAGGGCAAGGAUACAAUGCACAUGAAGGAGUACAAGAACGAAUUCGACAUUAAAGAUGGCGCUCACUACUCGUUGACCAAUCUCUUCAAUGGCAACAAGGUUCUGAGUGACAGCAUGCUGAAAUUUAUGAAUGAAAACUGGAAGCUCCUGUCCACGGAAUUCGGAGGAUCCUUGAUGCAGAAACCAAACAAAAAGAUAUUCCAAGUCAUUAGGAAGUAUAUGCAGAACAAACCUUUAGACGAAAUGAUAGAUGUUUAAGUUAUAUACCAAAAACUAAUCAUAAAUAGGUAGAUAUAAUGAAUGGUGCUGUGGUGACGGAUUACGAAUUUUACCACGCCCUUUUCUCCAGUGGGUGUAGUAGAAGUUGACUGUGGGAUAUGGGCACAGUUAAUCUAGCAACCUAUCGCUACAGUAUGACUAACAGUGACAGUGAAACUCGAGCAGUUUCAUUUGUUCUGCCUGCCCGUUUUGGGAUCAGAAUCAUAAGUUUAUGUAUGAGUUAUGAGUGUAUGGACAUAAUGUAUACCGGUGGAACAGAAUAAUGGACGUUUCCCAGUUUUGUUCCACUCAGUAUACAUUUUAUUGUUAUGCGUGGUGGGCCCUGCGCCAUUGUAACAAUUUCUAUUAGAGAGAGACCUAAAGUAGAACUUCUCUUGCCCUUUGGCGUAGAGAAAUAAGUAACUGAGCAGACUCCAUACAUAUCUGUUUUCAUAAUAAUAAAACUACCGUGCGACACUGACAUAUUAAACAUGUAAAAUCGGGUACCUCGCGUAAAACGUCGGCAUCGCGCGUGCUUAAUGAAAUUGCUCCUUGUUACGGACCUAAACAUGUCGAGCGAUCGACAAUGUAAAGUAUUAACUUUUAUAGGACUAUACUACUUCAAUAAAACAUGGUAAAACGACUGUAAAAGUGCUUGUAAAAUUUGUUUAAAAGUUAAUACUUUUUAAACUUUUCUUUGAUAGGUAUUUUUUGUGUAGGGAGCAGUCUCAUGUUUACUUAUUUCUCUCUGUUUUUGGUUAGUUCUGUUUUAUUUAUAAAUAAGUACUUAUAGGACCUCAGUCAUUACUAGUUAUUUUAAGGCAAAUAAUUGUUAUUGACAAUUUUAAUAUAAAGGUAUUUCAACAUAAAUGGGUUUUUGUAAAUAUAGAACGACUAAGAUUAUUCGAAUAAAACAUGACUGUGUUGAAUGAA